AUGACCGAGCGGUGCGACGGGCAAUUUCUCUGGCUUAAGCUGCACGAGGAAUCUCUGAGAAAAGGCAUGAACAAGAAACAACUCCAACAGGCCAUCAAAGAGAGCCCUACCGGACUUGAUCGUCUCUACGAUCAGACUUGGACUAACAUUACUCAGUACGGAGAGCAGAAGAGAUUGCGCGCGUGUGCUCUCCUGCGCUGGGCGGCUUUCGCAAUUCGGCCACUCAAGGUUUGCGAAAUUACCGAAGCCGCGCUUAUUGACGAUGUCGAAGACUUGCCACUGGACGAUCUCCCUGACGCUGUGGACGAGGAUUAUGUCGAAAGUGAAAUCGUUGGUCUUUGCAGCCCUCUCUUAGAGAUUCGAAGUGAAUCAUCAGACUCUUCCAUAAGCCAACAGACGGUGUAUCUGGUACAUUUCACUGUCCGUGAAUACCUUCUAUCCAACCUCCCACCGCCGAGUUGGCUUCAGCAGAACGAGCACCUGCAAGCAUCCCACGAGAAAUUACAAAACACAUUGCUUGCCAAGGCUUGUCUUCACUACAUCAGCUUCUCCCGAGUCUGGAACGACAACACUCUCGAAUCGCCAGUUCCCAACGGUGUGUCUUUCCGCAAUUACGCCGCCACUUCUUGGCAUCACCACAUGAAGUCUGGUUACAGUGACGAUAUAGAAACUUCUAGGCUUGUUGUCCGAUUCUUUAGCAGAAGCAACCCAAAUUGGGUUGCAUGGAGGACGAUGGUGGAAUCAGAACAUGUGGAAGAAGAACCUGUGUUGGCAGAGAUAGAGCAACCUGGCCCUUUAUACUACGCUGUGAGUCUUCAACUAGUAAAUCUGGUCAUUGACCUUGUCAGGGAGCAAGGCUGUAAUGUGAAUGAGACUGCCAGCUUUGGAAGCUCGGCACUUUUUGAAGCUUGUUCCAAUGGCGCUUCAGACAUUGCGGCUGUGCUCCUCGAAGAAGGAGCCCAAACGACUAUCGCAGACAAAGAUGGAUGGACUCCAAUACACGCGGCAUCGCAGGGUGGCAAUAUCGAAGUGGCCAAGCUACUACUCGAGAAAGGGGCCGAUGUAAACGUCGCAAACAAAGGCGGAGGAACUCCAGUGCAGGUGGCAUCUUACCAUGGACAUAUUGAGCUGGUUAAGCUGCUUCUCGAGAAAGGGGCCGAUUUCAACGUCGCAAACAAACAUGGAGACACUCCAAUACACGCGGGAUCGCAGGGUGGCAAUAUCGAAGUGGCCAAGCUACUACUCGAGAAAGGGGCCGAUGUAAACGUCGCAAACAAAGGCGGAGGAACUCCAAUGCAUGUGGCAUCUUACUAUGGACAGAUCGAGGUGGCCAGGCUACUUCUCGAGAGAGGGGCCAGUGUCACCAUUGCAGAUGAUGAUGGCUGUACGCCGAUUCAUCUAGCAUCAGAGAAUGGCCAUGUCGAGGUUGCCAGGCUACUUCUCGAGAGAGGGGCCGACGCCACUGUCACAAAUGAAACUGGACAAACGCCAAUGCAUGCAUCAUCGCAAAAUGGCCAUAGUGAGAUGGUUAAGCUGCUCGUUGGCAAAGGAGCUAAUACUACCAUUUCUGAUAAAGAUGGAUGGACGCCCCUUAAUUUAGCAUCAUCUGACGGCCAUCUUGAGGUUGUUAGGUUGCUUCUCGACAAGGGAGCAGACAUCACAGUUGCUAAUAAGGGCGGAUGGACGCCCCUAAACUCAGCAUCAGACAGCGGCCAUCUUGAGGUAGUUAGAUUACUUCUCGACAAGGGAGCAGACAUCACAGUUGCUCAAAAGGACGGAUGGACGCCCCUUAACUCAGCAUCAACUAACGGCCAUCUUGAGGUAGUCAGGUUGCUUCUCGACAAGGGAGCAGACAUCACAGUCGCUGAUAAGAAAGGAUGGACGCCCCUAAACUCAGCAUCAACUAACGGCCAUCUUGAGGUUGUUAGGUUGCUUCUCGACAAGGGAGCAGACAUCACAGUUGCUCAAAAGGACGGAUGGACGCCCCUUAACUCAGCAUCAACUAACGGCCAUCUUGAGGUAGUUAGGUUGCUUCUCGACAAGGGAGCAGACAUCACAGUUGCUCAAAAGGACGGAUGGACGCCCCUUAACUCAGCAUCAACUAACGGCCAUCUCGAGGUUGUUAGGUUGCUUCUCGACAAGGGAGCAGACAUCACAGUUGCUCAAAAGGACGGAUGGACGCCCCUUAACUCAGCAUCAACUAACGGCCAUCUUGAGGUAGUCAGGUUGCUUCUCGACAAGGGAGCAGACAUCACAGUUGCUAAUAAGGACGGAUGGACGCCCCUAAACUCAGCAUCAGACAGCGGCCAUUUUGAGGUAGUUAGAUUACUUCUCGACAAAGGAGCAGACAUCACAGUCGCUGAUAAGAAAGGAUGGACGCCCCUCACCUCAGCAUCAGACAGCGGCCAUUUUGAAGUAGUUAGAUUACUUCUCGACAAGGGAGCAGAUGUCAACGUCCAGGGUGGUGAGUGCGGCAAUGCUCUUCAAGCUGCUUCAUUAGAAGGCCACAGAGAGACCGUCCAGAUGCUCCUUAGCAAGGGCGCAGACGUCAACGCACAGGGCGGCAAGUACGGCAACGCUCUUCAGGCCGCUUCAUACGGAGGAUACACAGAGAUCGUCCAGAUGCUUCUCGACAAGGGAGCAGAUGCCAACAUCCAGGGCGGCAUACAUGUUAACCCUCUACAAGCAGCUUCGUUAGGAGGCCAUCAAUUGCUUAUCGAGACAAUCAUCAACAAAGGAAAGGUCGACGUCGAUUCAAGAGACUGGCGCGGUCGAUCGCCGCUGUCGUGGGCAGCUGAAUACGGUCACGACAACGUAGUGAACACACUCAUCAACACAGGAAAGGUCGACGUCGAUUCAAGAGACGGGCACGGUCGAUCGCCGCUGUCGUGGGCAGCUGGAGAGGGUCAAAUUGCUGUUCUUAGAACUUUUCUCGACUUGCGAAUGGGUAUUACAGCAAUACGUAACGACGUACGGACACCGCCAACCUGUAACUCUGACAACGGGCAGUCUGGGAACAUUUACCAACAAACGACGAAGCCACCUGCUGUACCAACUGACGACGACCUUGCAGCAAAUAAGUUCCCUGAGUAUGGUGUCGACGCGAAUUCAAAGGAUAUUAAUGGUGCCACGCCAAUUAUAUGGGCCGCAAGAGGGGGCCAUGAGGAUGCGGUUCGUCUCCUUUUGUUCCAAGCGAGCUUGAAUCCAGAUUCUCGCGAUAAGAACGGCCGUACAGCACUCUCGUGGGCCGCUAGUAAAGGACAUACAGAUAUUGUGCAAUUGCUCCUUGAGAACAAUAUGGUGGACAUCAAUUCACAAGACCAGGAUUGUUACACGCCACUGGUGUGGGCUAUGCAGAAAUCUCACCUUCGAGUGGUCAAGGUAUUACUUCAGGGUGGAAGUCAAAUACCAGACAUGAUCAAAGCCAGCCUGGCUUUUCAGGCGUUUUGGUUGACUCCAGCAAACGAUUUCGACAACUUUGUGACCGACAUUGAUUACGUCGAAGAUCACGACUUGUUAGGGCUUCACGCACUGUUUUGUCUUCCUUUGGCAUGA